AUGUCUUCAAAAUUCGGAGGCCGUCACACCCAGAGCAAGAAACCGAUCAGAAUCGAUAAAAGGAAGGGACUGAUUCGUAAAAAAGAUGCAAAUGUCUCUGGUUUCCAGCGCCGAAUGGCCAAACGCCCGGCGAAAGCAUCCAGUGGCAUGGAUGUGUACGAAUACAACGAAAAAGAUCGCAAGGGAAGGUUUAGAGCUGACGUGGCACUCGAACUCACCAAAGAGGAAGUGAAAGAGUAUGGAGUCGACGAAGAGAGCGAUCAGGACGACUUGCAAAAGAUGCGGGACCGGCUCAAAUUUGGAGAUGAGGUCCCUAUUAAUAGUGAAGAUGACGAGGAAAUCGACUCUGACGACGCUUUCGAUGAGAGUGAUGAAGAAAGGUUUGGGGCCUACAAUCUAAAGGCGACUACCUCAUCCAAAUCCACGACAGCAAAUCCCGAGAUUGAUCUCGACGAGCAUGAUUCCGAAUCCGAUGAGGGUGAGGCGGAGGGUGGCUCCGAAGAAGACGAUGAGGGACAAUCUGAUUCAGAGGCCAUGGUGGCCGAGGACGACGAGAACAAUUCAGAGGAUGAUCCAGACGAUGAAGCUCUUGAUCGCCUCGGAGCACUGAUUGGAACAAUGGUCACGACUGCCCAGUCGGUAAAACGCAGUGCCUCUCAAAUUGAAGAGGCAGAAGGAGAACCGCCCAGGCAGAAGCGGCGCAUCCUCAAAGAGCAAACGCAGGCGGGCAUCGAAGGCGAGUUUGCUCCUGCGACUCAGUCCAAGGGAAAACUUCAACUGGCUGAUCUCAUCACUCCCUUGAGUGCCGAGCAAGGGAACCCUUCCACACUCACCCUCAAGUCUGCUGCCAAAACAUUGAAUAGUGCAAAAGCUGGUCCACUCUCUGCACCGCUUCCAACUCGCAUCCAAGACCGCCUUGAGCGACAGGCUGCGUAUGAGCAGACAAAGACAGAAAUACAGACCUGGGAACCGACAAUGCGGCGCAUCCGAGAGGCGGAUCAUCUUUCAUUCCCUCUUCAAGCCCAACCCACCCCUCAAGGAAAUAUUUCCGCUAUGGCAUCCAAUUUCAAGCCCACUACAGAGCUUGAAAGCGCCGUGGACAGGCUGUUAAAGGCAGCCGAGUUGCGAGAGAGCGACAUCCAAAAGACAGAGGAACUGCAAAUGCAGCACCUCUCCAUUGAAGAGAUUGCAGAGCGUCGUGCCGAGCUACGCAAGGCCCGUGAUCUCAUGUUUCGCGCAGAAAUCAAAGCAAAACGGGUGGCAAAGAUCAAGAGCAAAACAUAUCGCAAGAUCCAGAAGAAGGAACGCGCGAAACAGGUUGAAAAGCUGAAAGACAUGGGCCUUGAUAUCGACGAGGAAACAGAGCAGCUCAAAGCAGAGGCGGAACGUGCCAAAGAACGUGCCACUUUGAAACACAAAAACAAGGGAAAAUGGGCCGUCUCUAUGAGAAAUCGUGGGGAAGUGGAUCAGGAUCAACGCAAAGACAUGCAGGAGAUGUACGAGCGCGGACAACAACUGCGGCGCAAGAUCAAAGGCGUCAAUUCCGAUGAGGAGGAGAGUGAUAGCUCCAACUCUAGUGAGGAAGAAGAAGACCAAGGGGUCAUCAACCAAGCAUUAAGAGCAAUCGACCACCUCGAUCAAGAAGACGAAGAAACGCCUACCUUUGGUAAUAAGAGCGGGUUGAUGGAGAUGAAGUUUAUGAAAAAUGCGGUGAUGAGAGACGACAACCGAGCGAGGGAAGCAGUCGAUUCGUUCAAACAUGAGCUUCAGAAACUUGGCCUGGACGAAGCUGGCGGCAAACUACCAAGCGAAGAGGUUGCCGGAAAGACUAGAGGCCGAGUUUCCUUCAAUCCCGCGGCCGUACCGUCGACAGGCACGGAAAACGCAGAUGGUGCUGCAGAGAGCGACGGAGGUACAUCAGAGAUCAAUGGUCCCAGCUCUGGCACGAACCCAUGGCUAUCAGUCGGUCAAACAUCCACGAAGAUCUCUCGAAAGAAGAACGAGGUUGUUGUUGGUAAGAAUAGUAGUGCGGCUGCACUUUCCAAGAAUGCCAUGAAGAAGCGCAUGCGCAAGAAUGCCGAAUCAAUUGCGCUUGAAAAGGACGAUGCAACACUUGAAAUUAACCCCAAUCCCGGAGUGACGCCUGCGAAACCCGUCGAACAUCGCAAAGCAAAGCCCAAGGCGACAAACGACGCAAAUAUUCCAGGGAAAACGCUGCAAAAAGUGGAUGCUAUGCUUUCGGAAGACUCUGAAUCCGACGAUGCUCCACCUACUACACCUCAAGGUCGACGAGUGGCGUUUGAACAACGAGAGCUCGUCGCAAGGGCUUUUGCAGGCGAUGACCUGGUCGAGGACUUUGCGUCGGAGAAGCGAAAGGAAAUGGAAGUUGACGCCCCUAAAGAGAUUGACACGACUCUACCUGGAUGGGGUACUUGGGGAGGUGCAGGAAUCACGAAACGACCUCCCAAGCCAGAACGCAUCAAGCGAUUCCCAGGUGUUGAUCCAAAGAAACGACAAGAUUACGGGAAGGAUCAUGUCAUCAUAUCUGAAAAGAAGGACAAAAAGGCUGAGAAGUAUCUUGUCAAGGAUUUACCCUUCCCGUACACCAGCAAAGCUCAAUUCGAGAGGAGACUAGAGGUACCAUUGGGCAUGGAGUGGAAUACGCGCACGACGUUUCAAAAAGCAACGCUCCCUCGUGUCGUCAAAAAGAUGGGAACAGCGAUCGAACCGUUGGAGAAAUUGUUUUGA